GUGUGGGCGGUUACUGGAGAGGUAGACUGUAGGGCAGCUGAUUUAUUUCCCGGUAAUGGCUGCCCUCCUCAUGAAUUUGUUAUGUUUACUGACUUAAUUGAUUUCUUAUUAAUGUUAAUCGUGUCCGGCCCAAUUGGUUUUCCUUCUUGAGAAUGGAUUUGUUCCGGUCUGCCCCAGCUCACGUCCGAGGCUCGUGUAUGUCAGGGCUGCCGGUUGUCAAAUCCCUCUUCUCCUGCGAGGCUGACACCGCUUCAUCGUUGUCUCCGGUUACAAAUCUGGCACUUACCAUGGAUCAGCUUGAGGGCUUGGGCAGUCAGUGUGAAACUCCUAAACGUAAACUGUGGUCUUUUCAGAGAACAUAUUCUUCAGAUUCAGUUGAUGCAGGGGUUGGUCUCGAUUCUCCUGGCAAAAUGGGCAUUAAAGAUGUUGAUGCAAUGUUUGAAAAAAGUAUCGAAGAUUCUGGAAACAUAAGGUUACCAAUCAGAAGAAUGAAUUCUCUGCCGCAAUCCCUUUUGGGUACCAGCCCAGCAUUCAAGAAGAAACUUUCAGAUUCAGAGUUUGUGUUCAAGAGUGAACCUGAGAACAAGGAAAAUGAACCCUUUCAGUUUAAAAUCCCAUCAAGACCUAUUUCUAGAGGCUAUUUGCGAACCUGUUAUCAGGGGGAAGGAAAAGAUGCUCUUGUGCAAAGGCUGAAAUCUGCUCCUGGGCGCUUGUUUCCUUCUCCAGAUAAAGAAGCUGAUGGAGAGAGCUCUGAUUUGUAUUUUGUAAGGAAGGCGUCCAUUUCUUCCACCUCAACUGACAGUAGCGACGAUGGUUUCCUUGAGCUUUUGGAUGAAGAAAAUUUAGAGGAUGAUUCUGCAUUUCCUUCUGGCAUGUCAAGCCUCUGGACUGCUCCACUGGUCACAAAAAACACUGGGAGUGUGAGUUUUGUGAAUGUGCUUAGUCGCUGUGAGGCGGUCAACUCUCCAUCUGCACUGAAUCCUGCAGGCAGGUCAGCACUUAAAAGAAUAGAGCGGACGCAGGGAGAAGAUACACCUGAGAAAAGCAAAAGACGACGAAGCAUGUGUGAUGUGAUGGAUGAGGCCAAAAAUGACAAGAGCACAAAUCUAAUACGAUCAAAGUCCUUCUCCAAUGCAAAAAUCGAAACUUUUGAUGAUGAUGAACGAGAUCUUAUUGGAGACUUCUCAGAGGCCUUCCUAUUUCCUACUGUGAGCGGCAGACAACCAGGACUUGAAUACAUCACUCCAGAAUUGAUGAUUUUAUUAUUAAAAGGGAGAUUUGAUCAUGCCAUUGAGCGAUUUGUGAUAAUUGACUGCAGGGUAUCCUUAUGAGUACGAUGGGGGCAUAUAAAGGGAGCCAUAAACCUGCACAUGGAACAGCAAGUAGAUGACCAUCUUCUGAAGAAUCCUAUCCUCCCAUCUUGUUCAAAGCGAGUGAUUAUCAUCUUUCAUUGCGAGUUUUCUUCAGAACGCGGCCCCAGAAUGUGUAGGUUUGUUCGUGAAAAAGACAGAGAUCUGAAUGAUUACCCACAGCUGCACUACCCAGAAAUGUACAUUUUACAUGGUGGCUACAAAGAAUUCUAUAAGAAAUAUCAGUCCUUCUGUGAACCACAGAGCUACCGCCCCAUGCACCAUGAAGCCUUUAAAGAAGACCUAAGGAAGUUUCGUAUGAAGAGUCGCACAUGGGCUGGCGAGAAAAGCAAAAGGGAACUAUAUAGUCGUCUUAAAAAGCUCUGAAGAGAUCUCUGCUUUUAGCCAACAUUUCACCAUUUAGAACUUUUUUACAAAUAUUAAGGUGAAAAUAUAAGACCGUUCCUAAACACCAGAGAACUUUUCAGUCUUUGAAGUAUAGCUUUAAACUUAUGGAAGUAAUGGAUGCUGCUGUGUUACGGACAUCUGUGCCUAGGGCUUAACACUAAUUUUGCAGUGUGUUCAGCAAGCUUGUUUACAUGCUGACCUUUUACGAGAAUUGCCAGGCUCUAGUUUAAAAUGUCAGUAGCUGGUAUGCCAAUUACAUUUUAUUUUUAUAUAUUUUUUAUAAAAAAAAAAACUGGGUGUCAUCCACUGUACAAUUGCAACUUACUAAAAUAGAAACUGCCACACCCCAGAAUAAGUUCUGAUUAUGAGGAGCGUUUGUGCAACUGCUAUCUAUAAUGGUUACAAUUGGCAUUCACUGACCUUUUUGUGGGGUUUUAAAAAAAAAAAAAAAAGGGUCUAACAUCAAACCUAUAUACACUGUUGUGUGAAACAGAGUAUAUUGGUAUGUGCCCUAUAUUUUAUUUUUUUCCUUUUAUUGCAAUAGAAAAAGGAGCACAAGCAAGGCUUGUAACUUUGCAUUCUUCUGCUUUGUGUCCCAUGUUUUUAUUGUGAUUUUAAUUUUGUUUAAAAAAAAUUAUUUUCUCAGUUUUGAGAAAUUUAUUUGAAUCAGGGAUUCAUAUUAUCGGAAGCAAUAACGUUUAUUCCAGUGGAAACUAUCUUGGAGAAAAGUGUUACACUUGGUAAAAAGUUGGUUGCUUAAUCUGUUUUUAGGCUUUUUAUGAAGUUUUAAUCAAUGUUGUGUGUGAUUGUAUUGACUGAGUAGUGCGUUCUAAAUCCAAUAAGGAUCCACUACUAAAGGGGCUUAGUGUAUGACAUCAGUGAACAAAUUAUGCUUUACAAGGAACAUGGGCCUAGAUGAUGGAGCCUAGUUUCAGCAGGUGGUAAAUAAGUACAGGUUUAUCUAAUGCAUUAUUGUUGAAAUGUCUCCAUUUUGUAAAGCUAGCCAAUUUGAGACGGUAGGUUUCAGAUUUUGCAGUUCAUGUCUAGAAAUCUGCUAGGCAAUAUUUUGAAAAAAUCAUAGGCCAUAUUAAAGAGCUUUUUUAAAAUCAAAAUUAACAUAGCAAAACUGCAUUGGUUAAAUUUGCUAAUGUCUUUGACGUAUUUUCUCAGAUGUAUUUUACCCUUGAGUCUGAGGCUUGGAAAGAAGUGUUUACUGGUUAACAAAGUUCUGUGUAUUAUCACUUUGGUUGGAGUUACACCACUGAAAUUUAAAUUCACUUUGAUCAAUUUGUUUACACAAACUGUUCAUAUUUUCCUUUUUGUUAUUAAGGUUUACAGUCUCCUGUAAGGGAUGUGCAAUUUGUAAUGCUGCUUUUUCCCUGCCACAGGAAUAAUAAACUACCUGAAAACAUC